UUAUAUUUUUCAGGCACUCUUAAAGAAAUCGAGGAGCUGAAGCUGUCGGUGGCCAAGUUGAAGUUGCCCAAGGAACACUCGCCGCGCAUAUAGAGCCAGUAUGUCGAAAAUAAAGAAGUUCUUUGCCAGGAAGAAGGAGGAGGCGUCAGCUUUUAAGCUCAAGCUCACUGGCAGCACAAUGGGGGCAGGACAUAAGCUGACCGAUCCAAAACAGGAGGCCCCGGCCAGCAGCAAGUCCCGGAAAAAGUACGAGGCCUAUGUCCCGCCCAACCGCAACGAGCUUAGCAACGAGGCAAGGGCAGCUGCGAACGCUGCCCUGGCCCGCAUCGACAAGAAGAACUCGCGGGAAUUCAACACUUCGAUGGCGGCCAUCAAGGCGCAAGCGAAGCGGGAGCUGGAAGCUGAGAAGCGCCAGAAGGAGGAGGAGCAGGCCAGCGCAGAGGCCAAGGCAUCAACCACUAACACGUCGGGCGGGGACAAUCGCAACCUGGCUUGCGAGGGAGUCUUCUUCCGCUGCCCCAUGAUCAGCGAGGAGCUGCUGCCGAAGAGCGAGUGGAAGGUCAGGAUCAAGGAGUUCCUGUACCAACAGCUCGAGACAGACCGCGGCCUCACCGGCUGCCUCAUCAUCCACAACUGCAACCCCAAGGAGAAGGCCGACGAGUGCAUCGCCACGCUAAUAAAGUAUUUGGAGAACCUCAUCAACAACCCCACGGAGGAGAAGUUCUGCAAGAUCCGCAUGACCAACAAGAUCUUCAGCGAAAAGGUGCGGUACGUGGAGGGCGCCUUGGAUGUCUUGCAGGCAGCUGGCUUCAACGAAGUGGAAAUGGAUGGGGAGCCGUAUUUGCUGUGGACCCGUGACCGCACCGAACAAGAUCUCGAUCUUCCCACUCUGGUCGAUGCUCUAAAGAACUCGGAGAUCAUUCCACUGGAACUGGAUCGCAACAUCAAGGUGCUGUUGCCUUCGCAGGCCCGUCGUGUGGCGCUACCCGACGACUUCUUCCGCAUGACACAUGCGGACAUUAAGAAGGAGCAGCAGUUGCGGGCCGAGGCUGUUGCCAAGUCCCAGAUGCUGAUGACCAAGGCCAUGAGGGAGCGUGAGGAGCAGCGUAACUUGCGCAUGUAUCGUUACGCUUUAGUGAGAGUCAAGUUUCCCAAUGGAUUGUUUAUACAAGGAACCUUCAACGUGUAUGAGAAGAUCUCCGAUGUUGUAGAAUUUGUGCAGUCCUGUCUGGCAGACGAAUCACUAUCAUUUACCCUAAAUUCCGCCAACGAGGGCCGCUUUGGUGAAGAAGACAUGGAAAAGACUCUAUUCGACUGCAAACUCAUUCCCAACUCUCUGAUGCUGUUCAGCGCCGAUGAUGUUUCCAAGCCCGUCGAGGCCGACUUGAACUACUUGAAGGAGGAACUUCUCAUGCUGGUCCAGGACAUGUAGUUCCCUCCAGCUAAUCAGCGAUACUUGUCUCUAACUUUAUACCCCACAGAGCUGUUGUUAUUUAUUGCAUUCAAAUCUAUUCGGAAUUAAUAUAUAAACGCACUUUACAAAAAAUA